AUAAAACCGUCAUGAUAUUUUGUAACAUAUUUUGACUGUCAGUUUUGAUAGUCGGUAUAAUUUUAACUAUUUUUUUAAGAUAUAUUUACAAUUUUUAUUUAAUUAACUAAGGCAUUAUUUACUAUGUAUUUAUAGUCUUUUUAUUUGUAAUAAAGUAUUUCCAACAGAUGUCUCAAGUAGCAUUUGUCCUUUAAGAGUAUGGAUAUACAUAGAUUACGAGUUGUGGGUUUCGCUAAUGCCGAAAACGGCAACAAUAAAACCAUUGCAGAACAUGAAGAGACUGGAAAAGAAGAUGAUGUCAUUGUUGAUGAUAAACCUGACGAAACAAAUGAAGUUGAAGCAAGUGAUGAAAAAUGUCCAGAAGUCAAUGUGGUUUCUUCGGGAUCAUCUAAAGUUACGAAUUUUGUGACCCACAAGUCAAAGAGCGAGAUAUUCCGGAUUUCAUCCCCGAGUAAACUACAAAAUCGAGAUUUGAAAUUGAAUUCGAGUUUUGAAGAUCUCCCAAAACAGUUAAAACAUUCGUAUUUACGUAAAAAGAAGAAAACUCUAAGAUUGUUUAGCAGAAGAUCCACACUUGAUGUAGAGCAAGAAGAUUUAAGAAAGAAGUUGGAAUCUUCAAAAAAUCACGAAGACAUACAUUUUUUAUUCUCUCGUGAAACUCCCAGCUUCAUAAGACAUUCAAGAAAACGAGCGAAGCAUGAACGGCCCAAAAUAGGCUCGGAACAGAAAUGUUCCAGUGACGUAUACGGAUUUAAAAAAGGCAAUCGAUAUUUUGACCCCUACCUUUAUCAGAUCUCCUGCAACUACUUAAAUGUUGAUAAAUUUCCUUUUAAAAAUCUCCGAAAAGGGUUCAGACGUAAGGUAAAGACUAAAUCUCAGCCAGGCACAGAUUAUGGAUGUAAACAUCAUGCAAUGAGAGUUCUUAACUCCGCAGUUAAAAGCUCUGAUCGUGUAGAAAAUUCAUCAAUUUAUUAUAACUUAAGUAAAGUUCACUCUCAUGCUCGUCGACACCGUCGCAAACGAGACGUUUCCUUCCGUCAGGAUGGAGGAUGGGUCACAAAUAUUUCGCAUUAUGCCAUGCACAAAGACCAAAACGUCGCCGUUUCACCAUCUUCCCUAGUGUCUGUAAAAAGAUGUUGCUGCGAUGCUUGUGUCGGUUCCAGUAAAGUGGAGAUACCUCGGGCACUUCGUCGACCUCCUAUCGCCUAUCGUGAUGCCACAUCUUCCCACCAUAAGGCUACAAGCAAGCAGCGUUCAAAAUCAAGUCCGAAAGCAAGUCCGAGGAGUCCGAAAUCGAACCCAAAAUCAAGUCCAAAAACGAGUCCGAAAUCAAGUCCGAAAUCAAGUCCAAAAUCAAGUCCAAAAUCAAGUCCAAAAUCAAGUCCAAAAUCAAGUCCAAAAUCAAGUCCGAAAGCAAGCCCGAAAGCAAGUCCGAAUGCAAGUCCAAAACAAAGUCCGCAAGGCCAUCAGAAGCCAAGCUCUCUAGAUAGUAUAUUGGGUCCUCAAAAGCUACUCGCGGAACCUACAGCAGGUCCUUCGUGCAAAAAAAAACCAAGUGAAUUGUACAAACCACAAUUUGUUGUGUGUAAGGGUCGGAGAAGUCAAAAAAAGAAAAGAAAGAGUUCCUUGAUAAAUACUCAAAGAAAAAGAAUAUUCAGAGGAUUUUUUCAAAAUAUUGCUGCUUACCAUUCUAAGUCUAGAAUUUCAGGAAAAAAUUGUAUCAAAUAUGCGUUCUUUGGACUUCUAAUAGUAGUUUGGUCUCCGUGUCUGCUGGCGGUAAUUUUGGCAUGGGUAGUAAUGUGUCCUGUGAGAUUGACAAACAUGUUGGCUAAUAAUAAAUCUAGAAAAACGUUUUCAUUUUGGAAAUCUUUGACAGAUAGAUUUCGUAAAAAAGAUACUGAUAGUUAUUACCAGAGAAUGCAGUGUGACCAUUGUUCGCGGGAAAACCGUAAAAGUUUUAUGUCUUCAGCGGCCAGUUGGUAUACACGGGCGGCUGGUACUGUAAUGACCUCUUUAAAUGCAUUAAUGUCUACGCUUAAACUCAAGAAGACGCGAUCAUCUGGAUCUACAUUUAUGACUUCAUCUCAUCCUAAUCCGCAAAAGCGAUAUACUUUAUACUACGCAGACAACAGAGGUUGGAUGAUGAAACCUUCACGUCGUAAUAAUAAUAAACGAUCGAGCACUCGAAUUGUGCAGAGUAUGCGGUGUGAGUUCAGACCAAAAUUUUGGCCGAAGGGAAAAGGUCAAAAUGAAAAGCAAGAAGCCGCAUGCACUAAUGCUCCUGUUAAAUGUGCUGUGCAUGGCGACCAGUGCCCGAAAAAAUUAAAAAACAAAAAAUUAUCGCCAGCAGGCGACGCCGAACAAAUAGAGACUCGUGCGGGCUGUAUCUGUGAGUCUCAUAACAAAAGUAAACAAGCUGCAAUGUCAAUGCCAGAAACAUCAUCUCAUUAUCAUCAAGGACAAAAGGUAAAUAUUCCUAUAACGAAAUGUUAUCCAUCGUAUAGAAUGUCAUGUUCAUCUCACAAUUAUAAAUACACUACAUCGAAGCACUUAAAUUCAACCAAUAGAAAUGAAACACUUAAAACAAAUUACCUAAAAUGCCAAAGUCAAUGGAAAAGUGGGACACUGCCGCUUGGAGUAGUUUUCGAUUGUCCCUGUGGAACUAGGCACCCGGUUAUCACAAAUACAGAAGUAUAUCCAAUGCACAUGUUUGGUUUAGCAGGUAAAAUACUCAAAUUUUAUACAAAACUUACUGCUAGCUCCGAUUCAAAAGAAGAUUCUAUUAGAACAAGGAUAGCUUUGAAUUGCCCGUGCGAUAAAGAAAAAAACGAAAAAAAAAAAAUGGUAAACCAAAACAAGUAGGCAAACCUAUACAAAAAAAAAUGCAGCCAAAAGAAAUACAACGGAAGCGAAAAAGUCCUCAAAGUCAGCCUAGGAACAAAAGAUUACAAAACUACAUGAAUAGAAACACUCAAAAUAGAAGUGUAGCAGCUGAACUAUCACAAUCUGCAUUAACUAGACAGGCCAAAACAAGUACAAUUGAAAUUGACAAAUCGGAUAAGUCCCAAACCACUUUCAGAAAAAAGUCAAAGCAUCUGGUAGAUAGAUCACAAAACGCGUCAAAAUCAAAUAUAAUAGAUAGGGCACAAAAUCCUUCAAAAAAUAGUAUUUAUGCAAAGAAUAAAAAAUUUAUAGAUAGGUCGCAAAACGUAUCGAAGCAUAGUUUCAGUCAAAACAAAAAAGAUAUGAUUGAUAGAUCCCAAAACAUGUCGAGGCAACUUCUUAAUAUUAAGGGCCCUUCAAAGGAUUCCGCGGUAGAAUGUGGCUGUGAUACCACGUUAGUGGAAUGUGGGUGUUGGACCGAAUCAGCAUCACGUCUUUCUACCAUGAAAAGUAAAAUCAAUAUCUUCGAUCGCCUAUCAAGCAUCUCACGUAUUGGUUCUUUUAAGUCGGACAAGCGUCCUUGUUGUCCUUGUAAAUCUUCAGAAAAGGUCGAAUGUCAAUGCAAAACAAAAUCAAAUAAAGCAGUUAAAACUGCAGUCGACUGUGCGUGUGAAACAGGAACACAAGGGACAGAAAAGGCAUCUCAAUGUACUUGUAAAGACCAGCAAAAAAAAGUAAGCAAAAAGACAACAGUCGAAUGUGCUUGUGGACCUGGAACAGAAGGGGCAGCUAAAACUUCUCAAUGUGUUUGUAAAGAAGAACUUAAAAAUAAAGGAAAAACUUCAGUCGACUGUGCGUGUGAAGCCAAAACACAAGGUAGAGAAAAAGCAUCUCAGUGUAUUUGUAAAGAAGAACUAAAAACUAAAGGCAAAACUUCAGUCGACUGUGCCUGUGCAACCACACCAGGUAUGGAAAAAUCAUCUCAAUGUGUUUGUAAAAAAGAAUUAAAAACUAAAGGAAAAGCUUCCGUCGACUGUGCCUGUGCAGCCACACAGGGAA